AUGGAUAAUCUAUGGAGUCGCCGGACCAAUUCCAGCAAGCUCUCUUUAUCCACGUCAGGCACCGGCCAGAACGACUCCUCCUCCUCCGGCCGCAACGCCUCCUUCUCCAAGCGAUUCGGCGGUGACAGCUCCUCGCAUGGAAAAUCAAACCCCUUCAACUCCGUCCCCGCGCCCGGCAGCGGGCUCGCCUCUCCGGGCGCCUCCAGCGCAUUCGGCCUAGGUUCCGGCGCCUUUGCCUCCUUCGGCUCCGCCAAGACGCCCAAGUCCCCCGGCAACCCCUUCGACUUCGCUCUGAAGACCCCCGGCGCCGAGAAGUCGGCAAAGGAUGCGUCUCUAGGGAGCUUCCCGGCCUCGGCCUCCAAGGGCGCAGCAGCAGCCAAGCCGGCGGCGGGCGGCGCUCUGUCCAAGUCGUCGGCGCACUCGCUGCGGAACAGCUGGGUGUUCUGGUUCCGGCCGCCGAUCCCCAAGUCCAACGGCUACAUUGCAUACGAGAAGACGGUGCAUGCGGUCGCCAACUGCGACACUGUGGAGGAGUUCUUCGCGGUGUACGCGCACCUGAAGAGGCCGUCUACGCUGCCGCUGGUGUCGGACUACCACCUGUUCAAGAAGGGCAUCCGGCCGAUCUGGGAGGAUGACGAGAACAAGAAGGGUGGCAAGUGGAUCGUUCGUCUUAAGAAAGGUGUGGCGGACAGGUACUGGGAGGACCUGAUCCUUGCGAUCAUCGGAGAUCAGUUCGGUGAGGCGAGCGAGGAAGUCUGUGGCGCCGUUAUGAGCGUGCGCAACGGGGAGGAUAUUCUCAGCAUCUGGACUCGCACAGAUGGAGGGCGGGUGCUCAAGAUUCGUGAAACCAUGAAGCGAGUCCUGAACUUCCCGCCCGACACCAAGGUGGAGUUCAAGAGCCACGACGAGAGUAUCCAGCAGCGCAUCACCAUCGAAGAGUCACGCCGGGAGAAGCAGAACAGCCACCACCACGCCGACAAGCGGUCGGGCAAGCAGCAGUCAGAGGACCAGAAGGCCAAUCAGGCGUCAUGA